CUGAUAGGCAUCCGGCACUUCUUCCUAGCAUCCGGUCGUUCCUUUCCAUCGGACCAUCCACAGAUCCGCAUGUUCCUCAAGGGUAUCAGCCGCCUCGACGGGCCCCCAGGUCGCAAGGCCCCCGUAUGCCUCCACGAGCCUGGAAGAGCAAGCGCUUCAUACCCAAGACCA